CACCCCCGGGGCACCGUGGCGCCGCGCUGAGGCUGGGUCUGUCCGACGGGGCCUGCCUGGGCCUGACGACAGGUCGGGUAAAGCCGGGCCCCUCCUGCCCACCGCGGCGCCUCCGAAACGCGAGCCCGCGGGCUUCGCCCCCGACCACCUACCGCACGCGCGCCGCCUGGAGCCCGGGGCCUCGGGUGUCGCGCGCCUCCCGGCGCCGGGCGCGCGCCCCCACGUCGGCGGACACGCGCACGCUCACGUCGGCGCGCACGCAGCGUCCGGCACGCGUCCACGCCCGGAAGGACUGCGGCGCGGGACGCUCUAGUCGGCAGAGUUCUCCUCGCAGGCGCCCGGACCCGCCCCGAGAUGUCGUACAUGCUCCCGCACCUGCACAACGGCUGGCAGGUGGACCAGGCCAUCCUGUCGGAGGAGGACCGCGUGGUGGUCAUACGCUUCGGGCACGACUGGGACCCCACCUGCAUGAAGAUGGACGAGGUGCUCUACAGCAUCGCCGAGAAGGAGGAUGUGGUUUCUGGUGUCAGUCUCUGCUCUAACUUGGGAGGUUUGGAGGUUCCAGGAACCAGAACCCAUUGGCUGAAGAAUCCAUGUCGAGCCAGAAGGCACCCGGGCAGGCGCUGGCUAGGCUGCUGGUGCCACAAGAGGCAGAUGUGCGCCUGGUUACGCCGGGACGUAAAUACCGUUCCCUGUAAGUUACGGUGCGCAAGGAGCGCUGCUGCCCAGGGGCCACGGGGACAGAGGCUGUUUGGACCAGUGCCGCACGGUGCACGUCACCGCACAGCCGCCUUCUCUUUCACCCGGAAAUGCGGGCAUUGGCAGUGGCAGGGGAGGACCUGCCUCUCCACCUGAGACCCUCGGUGACGUCCCUCUUUUCACAGCCAGGCUCUCUGCAGGGUCUGUCCGUCCUUCGUGCCUUGUGCGGGUUUUGCACGGUCACUGAUGACCUUCCAGUAGCCAGAGUCACAGAACCACAGGCUUCGUCUGACAUGAGCUCUCUGGUCCCUGACCCAGCUCCCUCUUGGGUGGUCCCUUGACUUGGUCUGUGAGUGUGCCUCUCUGGCCACUCCUGCUGCCCUUGGCCCUCCCGUGGGGCAGCUGGACUGGCCGCUGAUGGAUGCAGAUGGCAGUGGUGCCCAGAGCACAGCCAUGCCAGCGUUCCUUGUAAGUAAGCCCUUCUCCCUAGAUGCUCCUCAGUUUUCCCAGGUCUCCAACCCCUCCUUGCUUGGAGACAAACAAGUAAAUGACCUGAACUUGGGCCUCAAAGGGCCCUGUCUACGUUUCCAGGCUCACGUUCCACCUCUAACCCUGCAUCCCGGCUGCUGCUGCUGCCCUUGCCUUGUCCUCUCCAGCAUCGUCAUCUCGCACACGCCGCCUUUCUAGCCUGGCCCAUUCCCCGUCCCCCUCAGGGCCUCCUGCCCCCUUUGGGCAGCCUAAUUCCUUCGAGACUUGGGUAGGAAUCCCAUCCAGAAGUUGCACUGUGGAGCCAGACAGGGUGAGUCUCAGCUUGGCCGCUUGCUUCCCGUGUAGCUUACGGUCUUUCUGACUCAUUUCUUAGAGUCACUCUGUCUUCCUGAGUCUUACUUCAUUAACUGUGUCUUCAUUCGGGGGUUAGAGUUAGACGUAAGGAGUGAGGAGUACCUUGUAAGUGAACUGACAUACUUUGCUUCUGCUAGAACUCAGAGUGGGGGUUUAGAUAGAUGAGAUAGAAGGCAAAGGAGAUCGAGACUUGUAUCUUUUUUUUUUCUUUUUUAAGAUUUUCAUUUAUUUGA